AUGGACAAGCUGCUGCCAGGAUAUGCUCCACCGCAGUCAAAGCCCCGGUAUUUCUUCCUCUACAAACAGGGUCUCCCUGUAUUGCCCUCCGUCGACUACGAAUCGAUCCAGUCAGACCCCGGGCACGACGACGUCGAUCUGGGGAGUGCCAUCUGCACACCCCCUGCACACUACAGUAGCGCGCACAGCAUACGAUUUAUCGAGGUCGUGUAUGUACUCUGCAACAGCUUUGCAAAGGCUAUCGGGGCCAUCGACCCGGUGCAACACUUGAGGAUACUCCACGACCAAUGGGCAGUUGACCUGCUGCACAUCUACCAAAAGCCGCACAACUCUCAUCCACUUGCACUGCAAUCCUCCAAAACCAUUCGCUUAGCUGUCUGGGAGUGCAUUGGUAAGAUCCUGGCGGCUCUGCCUGCCCGCAACACAGUGAUCAUGCUUGGAGAUUUUAAUACUCAGAUCAAGCCGUGUGCCGCAGCCGGCACCAGGAUCUGUUCAGGCACCAGCACGGGCACACAUCCGCCUGAUCAGGCACGGUUGCAGCAUCUUGUUGAGGACUUCUCCCUCCUACACCUUAACUCAUGGUGCAAGGCGGCUGGCCCCACGUACCAUCACAACAAAGGUGCUAGCCUCAUUGAUCAUAUCAUCAUGCGUUCCAGCCAAGCAGAUGAUCGUGCUAGGCAGGCGAGACCUCUCCGCCUGGGACUGGCUGCCUGGAGACUUGGUGGAUAUCACCUACCACUGAAGGCCAGCGUCCCGCUUCAGCGCUUCCACACUCUUAACAAACCGGUGGCACCACAACGAGCAUGGGACCAUUGGGGCCUGAUUCAGGUUUGCCGCUCUACCUGGGAUCCGCGGGUUCAAAGUCUGCGUUCUGCUGUUCAGGCGUCCCUGCCUGGGGUCAAUGACCUUGGGCAAUUGCAUGACACUCUGAUCCACUGUGCAUCCCAAUUUUUCCCGCCGCCCGCAGGACAGCAUCGGCUGGCACUAUGGCAAACACCGCCUAUGCAGGAUGGUAUUCGCUCCAUGUGGCAGGCCUACCGAGUCUGGAAGACAGCCAAAGCUCAAGAUCAGCACAAUCCGCUUUAUGUCUCCAGGUGCUAUCAUCACUUCAAGACGGCACACAAGGCCUUUCGUCGUGCCGGGAAAGAAGCCAAGAAGCACUGGUUCCAUGGCAGGCUCCAGGAACUACAGGCUGCUGCCAGUUCAGGUGACUCCCGCAAGCUUUAUGCUGGCAUUCGCACACUAGCUCCCAAAUCCUCCAAGCCGAAGGUUCAAUUGCGAGAUUCUGGUGGACAUCUGCAAGACCCCAAGACCCAGCUUAAACAGCUGGAAACGCACUAUCGCAAAUUAUAUGCUGCAGACGAGGACACCAGCAUCCAGGGCCCCCAGCGGACGCCCAUUCACAUUGAAGUCACGGAGGCAGAAAUGUUCCUUGCGGAUCAGGCACAAUUUGCAUAUUUGCCAGGUGCACAACUAUCGCUGGACCUGUCCAGUGCUUUUGACCUCAUGGACUGGCGCCUGCUGGACAAGGCUUUACUUGCGUCCGAAGUUCCGGCUGAGCUAAGACACCAAAUCAUGUCCUGGCACUCUGAAAUCUCCUAUGUCCUUACCCACCUUGGACACACUGCCAAGGUGGAGGCCCAAAGAGGACUUAGACAAGGGUGUAAACUGGCUCCGUUGCUCUGGACCCUAGCCCUGGCACAGAUAUAUCGUGAGCUUCUUGCCGAGGGGGACCCGCUCCUCACAGCACCUUGGCUAGAGCAAAGCUCCACGAUUUAUGCAGAUGAUAUACACCUCAAGGAUACUGUGCAGACCACUCGUGAGCUGGACGACAUGGUGUAUCGCUUUAGUAAGAUCCUCGAUGCUCUUGCCGCCCAUGGUAUGGUCAUCAACUCGGCCAAAUCAGCAUUGCUACUGAGACACAAGGGCAGUUUCAUCAGAGGCUGGCUGCGCCGACACCUCAUACCCAAACCCGAGGGGGAUCUACUCCGCUUUCGCAGCCCCCUGGGAACGGUGUAUGAAAUUCCGUUGCGUGACCAUCACACGUACUUAGGCAUACGCAUCUCAUAUCAUUCACAGGCCAAACAAGCAGUCACCUAUCGGCUACAGGCUGCGAACCAGGCCUGGCAAAGACUCCGUGGUGUACUGUGCUCCACCAGGCAUCUUGCUCAGACACAUCGUCUCAGUCUAUGGAAAUCCACAGUGCUUCCCACGCUGCUCUAUGGCAUCGCGGCAUCCAACCCAGGUGCCAAGGACAUCCAGCGUAUGCAGCACAUGAUGACCAAGCAGGUUCGAGCCAUCACCCGAUCCUUUGCACAUCUUCAGAAAGAAUCCACACAGGACCUUUUGCACAGAUGCUCCCUGUCCACCAUCUUGGAGUGGAAUCAGCUCGAGACACUGCCGCUACACUCCACCUUCAAGUGCAACGUCAAUGGCAGGUACCUCUUGGGGACACAGAAGGCAUCACUGACCCUGCCGUACACCAGUGCCAGGAAUGUCAUCGGGUCUUUACCUCCUUUCGGCUCCUCCGCUCCCACGAGGCUAAGUGGCAUGGACUCAAAACACCUGCUGCUGUCCCGGUGCCUUUUGACAGGUAUGCACAUGGAACAGAAGGACUUCCAACGUGCAGACACUGUGCCCAUCCCUUCCGACAAUGGGACGGACCUCUCUCAGGGGACCUACAUCCUGUCAGACGAUCAGGCUGCUAUGACAGCUCCACUACGCCGAGCCAUGAGGCUGUUCCUCUUCAUCAACAAUCUCAUGUUCUUGAGACACUACGUGCACGCAGGUGGACUGACCUCCUUGAGAAACCGGAGAUCUACUCGUAUCUCCAGCACCACUGCCCGCUGUGUUACCAGUGGCUAG